AUGGUUGUUGCAACUUUUGGAACUCUCAGUCUAGUACUUAGCGGGAUAACACUGGCAACUAAGAGUCCUCUACAUGCACGAGACGACGCAUGUGCAGCUCUAGCUACUGUAUUGCCACAAGAUGUUGCCCUGCCAAGCACCACAGCUUUCACUCAAUCGAGCUCUUACUGGUCUCAACAGCAGCUCGAGACCCAACCGCAGUGCUUUGUGACCCCCAAGAGUACCAAAGACGUGUCGACCAUAAUGGAAGUCUUGACAAAAGGAAAUUUUCCGUUCACGGUGAAGGGUGGCGGCCAUAUUCCAUUCGCCGGUGGUUCCAGUAUCGAAAAUGGUGUGACGAUCGACAUGGUGCACCUCAACGACAUCAAGGUUUCUUCUGAUCAACAGACUGUAUCCAUCGGUCCAGGAAACCGCUGGAUUAAUGUUACUGAGACUCUCGAUCCCCUUGGCCUUUCCGUCGUGGGAGGGCGCGACAUGAAUGUUGGCGUCAGUGGAUUGCUCCUUGGUGGGGGAAUCUCGUACUUUUCGGGACAGUACGGAUGGGCUUGCGAUAACGUACGUCGUUACGAAGUCGUACUCGCGUCAGGCCGUGUUGUCUAUGCGUCCCCAAGCGAAAACAAAGACCUGUACUGGGCCUUGCGGGGAGGGGGUGGCUUGAACUUCGGUAUUGUGACGAGGUUCGAAAUUGUCGCCUUCAAGCAAGGGAAAAUCUGGGAGAACGCCUUGAGCUUCCCUGGCAGUUCAAAUGCGACGGUCAUCAAUGCUUUCCAAAACCUUACAGCUCGUGGGUUCCCUGCGGAUAAAGCCGCGUCUGGCUUCGUUGGCAUAAACUAUCAUGGCUCCACCGGUGGAUACUCAACCGACGUAGGCCUUCUACACGCCACAGUACCUUCCACUGGAGAGGGUUUACCUGCAGUUUUCAGACCAUUCCAAAGAAUCCCAUCGGCAACUGCCAACUCCACCGUCACAGCUGAUGUCUCAACCUUUCUCAAAAAUUUCGCUACGCCAUAUGGCCGUCGAUGGACAUGGGGCAAUGUCGUCGUCUCUGCUUCUUUCUCAAACAAGUUUCUUGCCGAAAUCUUGUCUCUCUAUGAAACUCGCAAUGUUGGCCUGUUCAAAACGCAGGGAGAAGAUGACAUUACCCCUACUGCACUUUUCCAGCCUAUUCCAUUGAACGUUCUGGAAGCAAUGCAAAAGAAUGGCGGAAACGCAAUGGGACUGAAGCCUUCGAACGGACCGUUGGUCUUGAUAUCUUUUCCCAUGUCCUGGGCAAAUCCGCAGAAUGAUGAUCUCGCCUAUGGCGCCACGCGUAAAUUGAUCGCCGACGUCGAAGAAAAGGCUAAGAAGUACAAGGUAUACACGCCGUUCGUGUAUUUGAAUUACGCGGACGCCAAGCAGGAGGUGCAGAAGGGCUACGGGAAGGAGAACUAUGAGAGACUCCAGAAGAUUGCACGAAAAUACGAUCCACAAGGCAAGUUGGCACGGCUAUGGAAGGGCUACUUCAAGCUUGACAGGUGAGCUCGUUCUUGAAGAUCGACUAGGUGUGGAAGUCGUGGUGAUGAUUUUACGUAUGUAUGUUGCGCAAUAGAGAC